AUGGAAAACAUGACUCGCGGAGGCCCAGGGAACUUUAAAAACUUGAAGCGGCAGAGCAGAGUCCCGCAGUUUGCCAACGGACCGCUUCGCUGUCCCCAUUCCAUGGAAACACAGCCCGAAGAGCAGGUCCGGCCCAAAGUUGUGGACCUCUUGACAGGCAAGCCCGCCGCCACCCGUCCCGGCUCCGGGGCUGACAGUCGGACAGACACAACACCACACGUGCUGCCUGCUUCACACCACAGCACUCACCAGGCUGUCACCCCGCACCGCUCAACCCCGCUUGGAUCUCCGCGCACUCCGCACAGCCCGGAGUGCGCGCCCGGCGCCGGGAGCGGCGGGCGGACGGCGGGCGCGCCCCCGAGGGAGAGCGGGCGAGCCCGCACAGCAGCCCCAGGCUCCGCGGCCUGGCUGCUCAGCGCCCGGGAGCCCCAGCUCCCGGAGUGGGCCGCCGGCGGAGCGAGGGCGGCGGCGGGCUGUGGGCGCGAGCCGGGAGGGCGGCACGGGCCGGGCCGCGGAGUCGGACGCGAGGGGGCGGCCGCGGCGCCCAGCCCGAGGCCUGGCGCAGAGCAGCGGGAGGCGGCGCAGGCCGCGGCGGGGCCUGCAGCAGCCCGCCGACCCCGCGAGGCGCCGAAGCAGACUCCGGGGCGGCCUAGCCUCAGGCUCGGCAGCUGGGCACGACCGGGGGCUGCCCCUCGGCCUCUUACCUGGGGGGAAGACAGCCGGGAUCCCGGGGGCCCGGGCCGGACCGCGGAGAUGCCCCAAACUGACACGGCCGCCAUCUUGGAGACAAAGUAUUUAAGAAACAACAAGUGAGAGGUGAUCAGUUCCUGGGGUUAUCCAGCACUUCCAAGUCCCCAUGAAUGUGCUCCCGACAGCGUGAGAAAGUUGACGGCCUUGGGUCUCCUAGUCCAACAGUAAGUUAGGACACAGUCCUGAUCUUUUCAUCAGAAUAGCGUUUUUGAUGUGAUGCCUUUUUUCCCUUUUAAUUGAUGAAACCAUCUGGUUUCUUCUCCAUAGAUGAAGACUCUGAUUCUAACUUUGGUAUCAUAGUUAAAAUUCCUUUACAAGAUUUGCUACUUGAUUAACUAAUAGACCAAAUUGUGUGAACAGAUUUAAAUAUUUGUCCACUAAAGCAACUUUCACAGUCACUGUUUAAUUUAGUAGGAAUAUUCUAAAUGGGUAUAACAAUCUGAAAAGAAUUGAUUUUGUAUAGUUAUGUAAUGACUAUCUAAAAAGAAAAGGUUUGUAAUUCAAUCAUAAAAUUGUAUUUAAUAUCUCUACCUUGUUUCUAUAUGUGUGUUAUGUACAUAUAUGUGUAUUUAAAAAAACACCUCUAGAAUUUUUCAAUUAAAUUUGAACUCUACUUACUCUAGAGAUACCCAAAGAUUUGUGUCAACCCUUUCUGUCCAAAUUAUACAGAAGGUAUCAAUCUCUAAUUACAUUCUUGAAGUUUUAUACCUUAAGUCCUGAUGUUUCGUGUACUUAAAAUAUCCUAUAAAAUAAUUAGCCAGGAUUUUAAAAUUAAUUGAAUGGUAUUUGCAUUUUAUUAGUUCAGGGGGGAAAAUCAAUACAAUGGCUCCUUCCAAAGUUCACCUUGCAAGUAUUUAAAUGUGAGUGAGAUGGCUCAUAGAGUACAAGUAACUACAAAUAGAGGGAAACACAGGCAAUCUAGCUUUAAAUUAUGCAAGUUUUGGGUAUUUUAGAUACAUGUGUCUCAUCUGCUGCCUUCACUCAGGCCACACCGUGUUCUCGAUAACUUAAGUUUAGAUCCAGUAGCACUGCCACGUUACAUCAGACCUUAUGAGUGAGCCUUCCCAGCUAGGGGAGACCUCAUACUAUUUAAUAAACAACAUCAUCCACACGCGCACAAAUGUGAUCCUGGGUGAACAGAAAACUGACUGAGAACUGAAAAGAAGCCAUGUCUGCAUUGACCGGAUGACUGAGUAGAGGUGCAGAACAAUGGAGAGACCAGGAUGCUCCAGGCCAGAGGCGAAUUAGCUGAGCCGGAACUAGCUGUAGCCCUGGAGCAGCCAUUCCUUGCCUACCUCCGUGUCAGAACUAAUACCCUGCUAAUAAAUAGGGGAAACCCUUUGUAACUUAUUAACAGGGCUACUAACUUCCAUCAGACCCAUCGAAAGCUUUUCCCGUCCUGCUGUGACUGCCUCUGAUACACCCAUCAACGUGUUUUAGACUUGCCUUGAUAUAUGGCUUUCUGUGUUGUGUAAAACUGUAAAACUUCACCCAACUGCUCCCAACUGUUGGAGGGAGAAAUUUGAGGUGACCUGAAUCUGUACUUCUAGACCAUAGGUCACUCAGAAUGGCUCCAGAAUUAACUCUCAUUCCCUUUAAGUUGAAAGCUGUGGUUUUGGGCUGGAGAGAUAGCUCAGUGGUUAGAGCACUGACUGCUCUUCCAGAGGCCCUGAGUUCAAAUCCCAGCAACCACAUGGUGGCUCACAACCAUCUGUAAUGAGAUCAGAUGGCCUCUUUCGGUGUGUGUGAAGGCAGCUACAGUAUACUUAUAUAAAACAAAUAAAUUAAACUUUAAAAAAAUAAAUAUAAAAUAAAAAAAGAAAGCUGUGGUUUUGCAUUGGUGGUAGUAUAUCUCCAUAUACUCCCCCUCCUUUUUGGAAACCUUGUUGUGUGUAUGUGUGUAUGUGUCUGUGUGUGUGUAGAAUGUAUAUAUUCCUGAAAUAUUGCUUGUCUGUGCUAGUGAGAGGAAAAUGUGUUUUGGUUGGUUCUGUAUGAUACUUUAGUGAUUGGCUUUCUCAGCUCCGAUCCUAAAAUCACCAUCUUCAACUACUGGGCCUCGGGGUUAUCUUGUCUGUUUACAUGUAAGUGUGUUCAAGAUACCAGGUGACCAGUCAGUCUCUUACAUGUCUGCCCCCCAGAGCCAAUAAAGUUUCUUCUGACCUGGAGUUGGGUGUGUGUGUGUUCAUGUUGUGGGGUGUUUCCCCUGACACUUUUUGGGUAGGAGGGAACAAGUACCUCUUUGGUGUCUUUAUGAUCAAGCACUCGUAAAAUUCCUAAGCUACAGGCUCGGCGUUGUCUCAGGAAAAGCAUCAGGGAAAAAGCAGAAUUGGGGAGGAGGGGUGGCAGGGAACAAAGGCCGAAUGAUAAUAAUUCAAAAUAUUUCAGAGACAAACAGAAACCAAAAUGCCUUCCAAGUUUCAAAAGGCAAAAACCAAAUUGCCUUUAGAGAUCUGAAAUCAAACAAAACUGAACUAAAUGUCUAGACCUUAAAAUUCUUUCAAAGCAAACAAACCAGACGCCUUAAAUGAAACACUUGAAAGCUGACCAAAUAGGUAGCUAUCAAGUUAGAAUCCUUAAUCAGACAUUGCAGAAUAAACUAAUGGACCAGCAACCAAACCAUGGGAGGUCAAGAGCCCAGGAAAGAAGUCCCCUCCAAUCCUCCUCAGGAAGUAACAGGUGGCCUGGACUCGGUCUGUCCAUGCAGGUACCUGACUGCCAUUCAGGUGACUCAUCCAGUGAAAACUGGAUGGAUCUCUGAGGCCCAUUUUGUAGCUCCACAAUUGUCAGUAAAAAGAGAACAGCUCUCAUCUCAAAAGGAACGAGUUUAUUCUAGAGCUAUUCUGAAUGGCCAGAGCCUGGGAACACAGACUUAGGUCACCCCAAGUUCCAUGUUCCAACAAGGAGGCACUUUGGCAGAAGUUUUAUAGUGUUAGAGAACAAAGAAAGUCAUAAAUCAAGGCCGGUCUAAAAGACAUUGGUGGGCACUUGAGAAAAGUCAUUAGAGCAAGAUGGGAGGAGCUUUUCGAUAGGCCUCACGCUGUCCUGUCCAAUGACAGUCUUAGCUUUUAGGUUAAUGGAGGCUAAUAUUCUAAGUUAAGAUUUCACAGGGCGCUCUAGGCAAGGAAUGGCUGUCCCCAGCUGAAGCGAGCUCAAGACAAGGUAAUCAGCCUUUGGCCAGCAGCAGUCCAUUCUGCCCUUCUGUCCUAGGCACUCGGCUCUACCAAGUCAUCCAGCUGCCCCCCCCCCCCCAGGAGUUCUUCUGUACACUGUCAAUAACUUGCUCUAGAAGUCCCUGCUUUUCAGCUACUCUUGGUGAGUGCACUCUAUGCAUUCCAGGUAAUUGGACAUUCCACUACCUGAGGACCCAGCUAUACCUGUCUUGGGCAUAUACCCAAAAGAUGCUCCAACAUACAACAAAGACACAUGGUCCACUAUGUUCAUGGCAGCCUUAUUUAUAAUAGCCAGAAGCUGGAAAGAACCCAGAUGCCCUUCAACAGAGGAAUGGAUUCAAAAAAUGUGGUACAUCUACACAAUGGAGUACUAUUCAGCUAUCAAAAGCAAUGACUUCAUGAAAUUCACAGGCAAAUGGAAUGAACUAGAAAAUAUCAUCCUGAGUGAGGUUACUCAAUCACAGAAAAACACACUUGGUAUGCACUCAUUGAUAAAUGGAUAUUAGCCAAAAAGCUCAAAUUACCCAAGAUGCAAUCCACAGACCACAGGAAGCUCAAGAAGAAAGAUGACCAAAAUGCGGAUGCUCCCACACUUUUUUUUUUUUUUUUGGUUCUUUUUUUCCGGAGCUGGGGACCGAACCCAGGGCCUUGCGCUUGCUAGGCAAGCGCUCUACCACUGAGCUAAAUCCCCAACCCCAGGAUGCUCCCACUCUUAGGAGGGGAUAUGGGAGCAAAGUUUAGAGCAGUGACUCGAGGAAUGGCCAUUCAGAGCCUGACCCACAUGUGGCCCAUAUACAUACAGCCACCAAAACUAGCUAAGAUUGAUGAAGCUAGAAAAUGCAUGCUGAAAAGGGACCAGAUAUAGAUCUCUCCUGAGAGACACAUCCAGAGCAUGUCUAGUACAGAGGUCAAUGCUAGCAGCAAACCACUGAACUGAGAACAGGACCCCCUUGGGGGGAAUCAGAGGAAGUACUGAAAGAGUUGAAGGAGCUUGCAACCCCAUAAAAACAAUGCCAACAACCAGAGCUUCCAGGACUAAAUUACUACUGAAAGACUAUACAUGGACUGACCCAGGGCUCCAACUGCAUAUGGAGCAGAGAAUAGCCUUGUUGGGGCACCAGUGGAAGAGGAAGCCCUGGGUCCUGCCAAGGUUGGACCCCCAGUGCAGGGGAAUAUGGGGGGGCAAUAAGGGGGAUGUAUAGGGGAAUACCCAUAUGGAGGAGGGGGAGGGGAGGGAAUGGAGGCUUAUGGACAGGAAACUGGGAAGGGGAAUAACGCUUGAAAUAUAAGUAAAGAAAUAUAUCUAAUAAAAAAAAUUUUUAAAA